AUUUGUUAAACGGCGGCCAAAACGAUUGGAGUUCUUAGGUAAACACUGGGAACCGGUUUCGUGGAUCGUUAUCAAUCCUCGGCUAUUUGCACUUUGCACUUUGACCUGCAUCCCAAUCCUACGCACUUGACUCCCUAGGUACAACAUGGUUCUCUCGAAGCCCCUGUACUCGCUCUUCGGCACUUAUCUGGAGCAGCUCUUCAACCACCCGGUCCGCACCAAGUCCAUCACGGCAUGCGUCCUGGCCACCUCGGCGAACGUGACCUCCCAGAGAUUGGCGGGGGCCAAGACCCUCAACCAGCAUAGUUUCUUUGCCUACGGACUCUUUGGCCUGAUCUUCGGAGGCAGUGUUCCGCACUACUUCUACACGACGGUGGAGCGACUCUUCGACCACGACGUGCGCUUUAGGAGGUUCUUCCUGUUCCUGUCCGAGCGACUGGUCUACGCUCCCAUCUACCAGGCCCUCUCGCUGUUCUUCCUGUCCCUGUUCGAGGGCAACUCCCCCGACACAGCGAUCAAGAAUGUGGAGAAGCUCUACUGGCCCCUGCUGAGGGCCAACUGGCAGUACCUCUCCCUGUUCGUGUACCUUAACUUCGCCUACGUGCCCCCCAUGUUCCGGUCCAUCAGCAUGGCCAUCAUCUCCUUCAUCUGGGUGGUGUAUAUCGCCCAGAGGCGUCGCCGCUUCCAGGAGAAGCUGGCCGCCGAGAAGGCCGCCAAAUAGGCAUUCCCGCCCGGACGCGACGACUUUAAACCUUGUGCUGUCUUGGCUUAAUAUUCCAAUUACUGUUUAGAUUACGGCUGUACUGCCUUAAGUUCUUUAUCUGCCCUGCGUUCCGGCGGAUUUCAAAAAGUUCGCGAGUGUGUAAGAUAAGCCAAAACUAACUGGAGGGUCGCCUUAUCAACCGACUGUUAUUAAACCUUAAAUUUUGUAAACUUUUCGUACUAAAAAUAAACUUAUAAUUACUGUA